UUGGCUCAAAAGUGGUUGCUUUGUUCCUGCUAAAAUUGCCGUUCUACCCGUGUUCCUCCGAAUUUGUUCUCGUGUUGGUCACAAUGACAAUCUAACCAAGAACCUUUCGGCGUUCGCUGUUGAAAUGGACGAAAUGGCCCUAAUACUGCAGAAUGCAGAUGAUCGUACCCUUCUCGUCAUCGACGAACUGGCCCGAAGCACAUCUACAGAAGAAGGCAUUGGGAUAUGCUAUGCAAUUAUCGAGAAGCUGAUCGCACAAAGAGCCUAUACGAUUUUUGCCACUCAUUUUCUUGAUCUGGCAGCUCUUGAUGUUAGCUACUCUGCUGUCGAGAAUUUCCAUUUCCCCUCUCAAGUCACCUAUGUCAAUGGCCAGGAAGUACUCUGUCCUAGUCACAAAUUACAUAGAAGGCCAUACAACGGACCUCUAUAUGGAUUUGAGCUCGUGGAGCUAUCUACAUUUCCAGAAGAAGUGACUGACUCUGCUCGCAGACUAGGCCAGCAUUUGCAUGAAGAAUCUACUGGAAAAAGGGCCAUGAGUGCUGAUAUUUUGGUACAUCGUGCGCUAUGUCGUAGCGCACAUCGUUUGCGCCAUGUAGUUGCCUCCAGAAAUGUUGCCACAGAGGAAUGUUUGAAGAAAUGCUUGAAUGACAUCCGAAAACAUCUGCAAGAAAGCCUUUCCAAAGCAAAAGAGGCGAUCAAUUAUGAGAAUGAGAGCUGA